AUGGGAAGGAAGCUCAAGAAAACAACAGCAUCUAAAGCUGCAACAAGAAGGUUAGAUUCCCUCCCAAAUCUGAUGAACGCAUGGAGAAAGAGAGCCGUGGUAACUCUGUUACCUGAAGUCGCGCUGGCCUUAGCGUUUUGGUUUGGAGACAGUCAGAUGGCAGAUGAAACCACUCUGAGAGCAAAUGGAAGAGACAAAGGGAUCAUGCCCAUGCAUCAGGACAACACGACACCGGGGAGAGAAGAAAAAUUCCUAAGUGAUGAUGAAGGCAGCGGCUGGAGAGUCAGUGCCUCUGCAGAAACUGAGCCUGGGGAGACCAGUAGAGGCACAGAUCCAACACAGCCCAGAAGGAAUAACAGCUCUCCUUCCCGUCUCUUCUCUUUGAGCAAGAACCCACGGAGAGGUUCCUCUGCUGCAUCUGACACCACAGACAAUCUGUCUUCCUCUCAGCAAAGCAACAUGGGAGUUGACUGUGCGGACAUCGUCCUGAACUGUCUCUUCUGCCAACUCUACGACAUUAUCCAUGUGUUACCCAAGCCCUGUGAGAGACUCACCAACCACUGCUGGCCCAACUACAAACACGUUGCCCCCACAACUGAGUCCACACACAACGACGAUGAUGACUCAUACGUAGACUUGGAUUGUGGUUUCUGUGGUAUCUGUCAUGAUGCAAGUGACUGUCUGGAGCUGGCUAUGGAGGUUUCUGAAAUAUGCUACCACUAGCAGGAAACCAGGAGUGUGUGGAGUGGCGGGGGUGUCUCAGGACUAAAAUACACAAAACAGGAAAAUUAAAGUAAAACUAUGUCAUAUUAUGAUGACCUUGUAUGGUAUAUAUUCUUUGGAAAAAUUUGGGAUCACUUGUUCUUGUUUUCCUUGGAAUCAAAUGAGAUAUUGCUGUACUGGAAUAUAGAUUGAGUUGAUGAAGUCUUCCUCAUGUGGCACAACACCUCAACCAAGUUCUGACCUAGAGGCUGUGCUGGCUGUGCGCUUACUGACUGAUUAUCCCUUAAAUGUUGCUGACACAUGCUGGAGGUGUGUUUCUGGGUCAUUAUCCUGUUGUAGGAUGAAAUGAGACCUAAUCAAGUCCUGUCCACAAGGUAUAACAUGCUGUUGCCAAAGCUUGAUUUAUCCUUCCUCCCUCAAGGUUUGAUCUGUUUCACCCCCAGAUCCCCUUCAGGUCAUCACACUUCUCAACACAAUCACAGCUGAUGAUUAAUUAGCUUCAGAACAUUAUUAACUUGUAUUAGCAGCCAGACCAGGAGGCUUAAAUGGGUGUCUGCAAAUAUAUAACUGCUUCAUUAAAAUUGUUUAUGAUUUGCAUGAAAUUGGGCUUUUCUUUGGAAAGCAAAUACACUUCCAACUGAUCCUAAACUUUCAUGUUUAUAGAUUUAGUAGAUGUGCAGUGGUGUAUGUAAUUUCUCAGUAAGUGAACACAAUACAACGAAAAGAGUCGACAUUUCUUAUUACCACCUUGUUAUUUAUUUAUUUAUUUUUAUUUAUUUAUUUAUUUAUUUAUUUAUUUAUGUAUUUA